AGCACUGGACAAGUGAAGAAUAAAUAGGAAGAAAUCCACGUAGCCUGUCUUGCAUUGUAAUUGUCAUUUGUGCGUUGUUCUCAAUGUAUCUGUCUGUUUAAAGACAAGCUGUUUUAACUUAAGGGGGUGAGGGUGUUCAUUGUGGCGGGGUAACGCGGGUAAACCCACAGUGGUCCUGUUUGCUGAAAGGGAAAGGACUAAAAUGGAGCUAGAAGACGGAGUUGUGUACCAGGACGACCCGGGGACAUCAGCGAUGAUGUCUGAGCGGGUAUCGGGCCUGGCCAACUCCAUCUACCGCGAGUUCGAGAGGCUUAUCGGCAAAUACGACGAGGAUGUUGUGAAGGAGCUGAUGCCGCUAGUUGUGGCCGUGCUGGAGAACCUGGACUCAGUGUUCGCGGAGAACCAGGAGCACGAAGUGGAGCUGGAGCUCCUGAAAGAGGACAACGAGCAGCUCAUCACCCAGUACGAGCGGGAGAAAGCGCUGAGGAAACACGCGGAGGAGAAGUUCAUAGAGUUUGAAGACACUCAUGAACAAGAGAAGAAGGACCUGCAGAACCAUGUGGACAGAAUGGAGUCUCACUCUCGGCAGCUUGAACUCAAGAUCAAGAACUACGCAGACCAGAUCGGCAGGUUAGAAGAACGCGAGGUGGAGCUCAAGAAGGAGUACAACUCCCUCCAUCAGCGACACUCAGAGAUGAUCCAUAACUACAUGGAGCAUGUUGAGAGGAUCAAAAUGCAGCAGAUAAGUGAGACUUCAGAGUCUGGUGCGGUCGGCCGAGUCAGGAGAGAGCGACCUCUUUCUUUAGGGAUUUUCCCUUCAUCUGGGGGGGCGUCGCUCAUAAUCCCAGAUUCCCACGCUAGAGCAGAGACUCCGGGCACAGAGGGCUGGAGGUUCACGGAUCCAUCACAGCCACAUUCCAACACUAGUCUCAAGCAGUUGGACUUUGUGGACCCCCCAAAGGAAAGGGAGGGUAAAAGUGCGCAGGACUCUACUUGGGGGAAUUCACUGGCAGACGACUGCAAGGAGGAGCUAUCAGACUUCACUGGCUCCAAGUCUGCAACACCAAUGUCCACCACUGCCUCAGACAUGGAGAAGGAGGAUGGGAACAGUAAGAGCACGGAAGUGCAGGCCGCGCCCGGGACCAGAUCCAUAUCUGUGGGUUUGCCUGAAAAAGAGGACAGUGCAGAUGUUCAGGACAUCAUUGAGUCCACUCCUGAACUGGACAUGGAUCUAAUUGGGUAUAAACCCCACAGUACUCCCACUAAAGGCAUUGAGAACAUGGCAUUUGACCGCAACACAGACUCUCUUUUUGAGGAGCUGUCGUCUGCAGGCACUGGGCUCAUUGGGGAUGUGGAUGAAGGGGCCGAUCUUCUAGUGGAAUACUCUGACCUUAGUUUGAUUGGAAUGGGUCGGGAGGUUGAAAAUCUAAUUCAGGAGAAUUCACAACUUCUUGAGACAAAGAAUGCGUUGAAUGUGGUGAAUAAAGACUUGAUCCUGAAGGUGGAUGAGUUGACCUGUGAGAAAGAGAUGUUGGAGGGGGAGCUGGAGGCUGUGCAACAGGCCAAAACCAAGCUGGAGGAAAGAAACAGAGAGCUGGAUGAAGAACUCAAAAAAGUGCGAUUAGAGGUGGAGGAAGUGAGACAGAAAAACAAAGAUGAAGAAGAUGGUGACGUACCGACAGCUCAGAGGAAACGCUUCACCAGAGUGGAAAUGGCCAGAGUGUUGAUGGAGAGGAAUCAGUACAAGGAGCGGCUGAUGGAGCUACAAGAAGCUGUGCGGUGGACUGAGAUGAUCAGGGCUUCAAGAGAAAAUCCAGCUCUCACAGAAAAAAAGAAAUCCAGCAUCUGGCAGUUCUUCAGCAGACUCUUUAGCUCCUCCAGUGCCCAAACCAUGAAAAAAGUGGACUCCCAGUCCAACAUGAAGUACAACGCUCCAGGCAGCCUGGUAAAGAGGAGCAGCACCUUCUCCCAGUUCCCCACAGAGAAGUCUAAGAUUUUUGACUUCGUCAAUGAAGGAACGGAACAGUGCAGCUCACCAUCACGUAAGGAGCAGAAAAAAGCCCAGUAUCGACAGGUCAAGGCCCACAUGCAGAAGGAGGAUGGACGGGUCACUAUACAUGGCUGGAGCCUGCCCAACAAAAACAAGGUGGCAAAUGGAGGGCAGGUGGAAAACAAGAUGAACCUACCAGUACCAGUUUACUUGAGACCUCUGGACCAAAGUGAUGCUUCUAUGAAGCUAUGGUGUGCUGCAGGGGUCAACACGUCUGGAGGUCGGACAGUUUACUCUUCAGAGCUCACCAAGCAGACAAAGGGCUCUCACAGUAGCCUGGACCAGCUGGAACAAGACAAUAAGGACCAGGAGAAAGCAGAGAAGGAGCUGAUCAUUCAGGAUGAGAUGUCUAGUAGAGUGUGGGUGUGCAUGAGUACCCACUCCUCCACUAAGGUUGUGGUGGUAGACGCCACUCAGCCCUCGGACCAGCUUGACAGCUUCUACGCCUGCAAUACACACGUUGUCUGCAUUGCCAGUGUGCCAGGUGUGUUGGAUACAGAUUAUCCAGCAGGGGAGGAGGUUCCCCAAGACCUGGAGGCUUGCCAAGGUGAUGGUGUGUCACUGGCCGGCAGUGUGGCUAGUGUGGGCUCAACAGGCAGCGAUGGUGCCAUGACAGCAGAGGGUGUCACCGCCGUCCCUCAGACAGCCAGCUCAGGGGUCACUGACCUGCCAGCUGAGCACAGCACCAUGUCAGGCCCAGUUGAGCUGUCCAGAGAGACCAGUCCAGCAGAAGACGGAGUUCCUACAGCAGAAGAGGCGACUGAAGCAACAGAGGCUAACACUGGUGUAGGCGAUGAUGGAGAGGAGGAUCAGGGAGUCGAUUUGAACCAGCCAGGGAUCUACACUGAGCAUGUGUUCACCGACCCGCUGGGUGUAGGCCCCACUGACUCAGCUCCUGUGGAAACACCGAGGGGAUCUGGACAGGAUGGUGUGACUUCCCUGCCAGAAGACUUGGACAUGUCAGAGGGGGACGUCCUGAGGAUGAGCAGCGCACUCCCAACCAUGUGGCUGGGAGCUCAGAAUGGAUGUCUGUACGUGCACUCGUCUGUGGCUCGAUGGAGAAAGUGUCUCCAUGCCAUCAAGCUGAAAGACUCAAUCCUCGGCAUAGUACACGUGAAAGGAAGGGUUUUGGUAGCUUUGGCUGAUGGGACAUUAGCGAUUUUCCACAGAGGCAUUGACGGCCAGUGGGAUCUCACGAACUAUCACCUGUUGGAUCUGGGCCGGCCCCAUCACUCUAUCCGCUGUAUGACAGUGGUCCACGACAAAGUGUGGUGCGGCUACAGAAACAAGAUCUAUGUCAUCCAGCCCAAAGCCAUGAGGAUAGAGAAGUCAUUUGAUGCUCAUCCUCGUAAGGAGAGUCAGGUGCGUCAGCUGGCCUGGGUGGGAGACGGCAUCUGGGUGUCUAUCCGACUGGAUUCUACUCUACGUUUGUUUCACGCACACACCUACCAGCACCUGCAAGAUGUGGAUAUUGAGCCCUACGUCAGCAAGAUGCUGGGUACUGGUAAACUGGGUUUUUCUUUUGUGAGAAUCACAGCUUUGGUAGUAUCCUGCAACCGACUGUGGGUGGGGACUGGAAAUGGAGUCAUCAUCUCCAUCCCACUGUCUGAAGCUAACAAGACAAUGGGAAUCAUGCCAAAUCGCCCUGGCAGUGCUGUACGGGUCUACAGUGAUGACACUUCAGACUGCGGCAUGCCAGGCAGCUUCGUGCCAUACUGCUCCAUGGCCCACGCCCAGUUGUGUUUCCAUGGACAUCGAGAUGCUGUCAAGUUUUUUGUGACUGUGCCAGGUCAGGCGAUGCCUCCUCCAGGUAGCGCAGAUUCUGGCUCUGACGAUCCUGCUUCCGAGUCCUCUGAUACAGCAACGUCUGAGCCCAAAACAUACCUGGUCAUGAGUGGAGGAGAAGGUUAUAUCGACUUCAGAAUUGGUGAUGAAAGCAGCGAGUUGGACGGUUUAUCCGAGUCGACAGGCAGCCAGCAGUCAGCACCCACCAAGGCCGAGCGGAGCCACCUCAUCGUCUGGCAGGUCACCGCGACUCAAGACUGAAGGACAGCACAGACUGAUGAGUCGACACCAGGGGCGUCCACCAACCCUGCAUGCCCUCCUCCAAGUUUUUCAUUUUAAUUUUAUUCAUUGUUCUUUAUGCCUGCAUAGACGACUACUUUGUAAUGAAAAGAAAACUAAACAAAAAAAAGAAUCUAAUUAUUUUUAGCCCUUGUUUUAUACAUUUUAUCCACGAUUAAUUUGAAACAGGUUAGAAUUUUGUUUAUGUUAAAAAGAAUGCGUCCAAGCAUUCACCCAUUUUUUGCAUGUUGGAAAGGCUGGUGCACACAGGAAAAAGGGCAUAAAGAUCAGGUAAAUGUUUGCUGUUGUUUCCUAAAUAUUAAAAAGGGUUCAGAUGUAAAAGGAAAAGGGGUUAUUUUAAGCUGUUUUCCAGGCAUUCUUUGCAUUUAUAACUCAUCACUGACUUAUUUCUUGUGUAAAAGCUCCACGGUUUAACACGUACGAAGCUGAUUUCUUUAGUUUUUAUUGUCAGGCUUUUAGAAAACCGGCUUGAAGUCAGUAGUGCACAGAAAACACUUCAGUGUUGUGCAAUUAGCAGCAAAAGUCGUGGGAUAAAAUAUUGUUUGAGAAGUCUUAUUAGAAUUCAAAUGCCGCCCAGGUCGUCAGAUUUAUAACAUAUGAAGAAUAUUUAAGCACUUUUGGGCAUUUUAAAAGUUUCCUGUGAUUAGAAGAAGCAGGUUAGCAUUAGCUGCGUGAGGAAGUCUGUGCCUGCUCGUCUCGUUUAUGAAGAAAUGCUGCCUGUGCCGCCAGCUCAGUGCUUCCUGUUUGCUUCAGCUCAUUGGCACUUUAAAAUGUUAGAUGUUAGUAGCUCGAGGUUUGGAGAAACACAUGUAAGUAAUGUAAACUACACUACAGUGUGCGAAUUUCAGAAGGGAACAAAAUGUACAAAUAUUUUUUUGCAGUGGUUCAGUAACCAAAGGAUGAAAGGAGAGGAAACAUGUGUCUGAUUUGUGAGUCGAAUAAUUUGGGAGUUUACACGUUUAUUUUCAGGAUGUUGUUGGAAAUGAGCUUGAAUAAGUGGGGGG